CAGUCAUUUGUAUUUGAUUAAAAGCAAGUAGUUCCUUGAUGUCCCAUAUGGCUAAUUGUCUUCUAUCUAAGAGGAUGUCUGGGGGUUCUACGAUGAUGUGUAACAGCAAUAUGAUAAUGCAGGCGUCACAACGGUGGCAGGAUGUUUUUGAAUAUGUUAAUGAGAACGCCUCCUUUUUACAACAGACCCAAAGGUGUCUUUAUAAGUUUGAAUCGGUUGUAUCAGUCGCUACGAAAACCUCUGGUCAAGACGAACGGACUGCUUUGCGGAAGAACAGCAUUCACCUCUUGAGUGUUUGAAAAAAAAACUAUUUCUAAAAUGGCAAGCUAUCUUAACUGUAAGUGAUUUUCGAUUUCUCUUUAAAACAAACACAAAACAAAAAACAGUAUGUGUAAGAUUAUCAUGGUAGCGGUGCGUUGUUUAAACAUGUUGUGUAACGAUACAGGUGCUUUGAACGACCCCAGAUAUUCUUGGCUUGUAGAAGAAAUUGGUGACCUAAACCAAUCAGACGGAUCGAUACAGCGAUUUAACAACCCAAACCCUCAAACCACAGGCUGUGGAGUUAGUGGAAGAAGAACCGUAGUGUUUUUUAGUGUUGUUUUGUUUAUGGAAAUUAUCAACAUGGCCAGACGAAGAUCUGAUGGUGACUGGGAACCGCCAUUGGGUCCAUACCUGGGUAAUCUCACUGACGAAGUUGGGCUGGGGUCUUUCAUAAGCGAGUAUGCAUCAGGGGGGCCAAAGACAUAUGGAUACCGUACAAAUACGAACAAAAUUUGUAUGAAAGCCAAAGGUAUAACACUUAAUGCUGUAAACUCCGAGGCUAUCAGACUGGACACUCUGAUUGGUCUUGUCAACCAUUAUGUCGGGGGGGAUGGGACUAGUCGUCACAUACUGGCCCGUAUGGACGGUAUUGUGAGGGAUAAAAAGAGGUUUACGCUACACAACAAAUCAGUAGACAAAUGUUUUCGUGUGAAUUACAAUAAAAGAGUUCUGCUUGAUGAUUACACUACAUUGCCAUAUGGAUACUGACAACGUUUAUGGGUAUAGAGGCGUGCUAGACACUGAUGCGUUUGAUUUCCGGUUACAACACCCGUUUUCAUGUGUGAUAAGCGGACCUUCAAACUCUGGGAAAUCAUUUUUUGUAAAAAUGUUGUUGCAAAAUGCUGUAAAAUUGAUUUCUAAAAAUGUUGAAAAUAUUGUAUAUAUUUAUGAUUGUUGGCAACCCUUGUAUGAUGAUUUGUUGAAAAUGUAUAAAAUUAAUUUUGUUGAAGGUAUACCCCAGACACUGAAUGAUGAUAAUUUGUUUCCUGUCAAUAAAAUGAAUCUGCUUAUAAUUGAUGAUUUAAUGAAAGAAGCCAGCGGUAACAAUGAAGUGGAGAAAGUGUUUACACAGUAUGUACACCACAGAAAUCUUAGUGCUAUUUACAUUGUACAGAAUUUAUUUUGUCAGGGUAAAUCCAGCAGGACCAUCAGUUUUAACACAAACUAUUUGGUGUUGUUUAAAAACCCCAGAGAUGCCACCCAGGUAAUGGUGUUAGCCAGGCAGAUGUAUCCAGGACAUGCAAAGUUUUUUAUGGAGUCUUAUCAGGAUGCAACCAGUAAACCUUAUGGUUACCUCAUGAUUGAUUAUAAAGCAAAAACACCCGAACACUAUCGUCUCAGAACAGACCUACUCUCGCCAUAUCCAGUAGUGUAUCUACAGAAAAGAAGGCACUGAGAUUUAUCACGGGGGUGAAAAAUGUCUGGUAAACUUUAUAGAAACCUCCCUGUAUUAAAACUGCUUUUAAAAGCCACCCCCAUUCAGAGACGGAUUAUUUUACAAUCUACCACCGACGAACUCAUUGUAACACUGUGUGAGCUCGCGCUUAAUGUGCUUCAUGGUAACAUACCACUCACAUCGCAGCAAUACCAGAAACUAAAACGUCGGAAAACGGCGCUUAAAUUUGUGUCGAACAAGAAGAUUGGUAUUAAAAGAAAGAGACGGUUAAUAAACCAGCAGGGUGGUUUCCUGCUCCCUCUCUUAAGCAUAGCAAUACUGUUUAUUUCCAGCUUGGUCACAUCUAGAUAAAAGAAAAAAAUGGAAUAUGCAGAGAAAAUGUUCUUAGUUCCACAGCAUCAGCUCGAUAAACUAAAAUCAGGCAUCCCACGUGAGUCUAUACAGCAGUCUGUGGAGAAUGAGUUGGAUACAGCUAUAAGGGACAUCCUGCACAGAUCGGAUAUGGCCUCUCAUGAAAAAGCUAAACGGUACACAAAUAUUUUACAGAGAUAUUUAACACUAGCUAAUCAGAC